AUGAGUUUUGUAAACAAAACUACUGAAGAAAUUACCUUUCAACUAUAUUUUCAUGCGGACGGUCACGUCAGACUGUUCUCCGGAAGUAAACAAACGUUUUCAUUGGCUAACAGUCAGAGGAUAUACAAUCUUGAAUUUGUGCUACUGCCACCGAGUGGUUAAGGUACACUACUGCAUAUUGUAGUCGAAAGAGGUAAGCAGCAAAUAGAAAAAAGGAUCCUCUUGGCAGUAAGAGUACCGAUACACACAAAUCAGCCAACUGGCCCGUAUACUUUUUCCAAGUUGGAAAAUGGUAUGGUAUUUCAGCUUUCACUCUGUCUGACCUUUUUCAGCAGUAGUUUAGGUGAACCUCGAGAUAGAAGUAAUUCUCCACAGAUAUAAGUAUAAGAAUAGAAUGGCAACAAAACUGCAGUUUGGAAUCGUCAUCCAUAUGCUUUUGGGGCUGUGGAUUUAUGAACUCUUCACAGAGGAAGCAGCUGCUCAGCAUGGUGGGCUUGCUUCUCAGGGAUUUAGAUCAACCAUUGAGGACACAAACCUGAUGUUUGAGCUUUUGUUAGGUGGAUUGGAGAUUGACCAGGAUAACAACAUCAGGUUGCUUGACCAGGAGAUGGCAUCUAUGAGACAAGGACGAGCAUUCCUGGCCUUGGUGAAUGACAACAUACCCAAAACCCUGCUUUCUAUGGAACAGUUGCUGGACACACUUGAAGGUCAGAAGAAGCCACUUUCUACAGCCAGCUUCCAGAGCCUGGUCAUGGGAAUGAUCUACACAGCUCAUCAGACCAAGCAGCAGGAGAGGGAAGAUAAGCAGCAAGCUUGGGGCAGUGUGCUUUUUCGCCUUGCUAAUGUUACAGUCAAUGCUCUACGCAGACAGGAUCAUUCAUAGAUUCAUUUGCUUUCAUUUAUGGGCUGUAAGACAGUUAAACAACUUUGAUAAUACUCAAAAUAGUUUUUGGAUCCCUCUCUAGUCAAAUGAAUAAUGAAAACUAUAUAUGUUUUGUAAUUAGUAGAUGAGAGUAGCAUGAUUAAUACAAAACGACACUAGAUAGGUACCACAUUCAAGCAAGCAUAAAGAUGUUUAUUGAAAUAUAUAAAAUUGUAA